CUUUUGAAAAGUGAAGACAAGCUUGCAGAAGACAAAAUAGUGAGUCUCACCCACAGCAGAGGCAGAGGUGUUCAACAGGACAGCUGGUUUGAGCUCAGAGCAUCUCUGAAGAAAACUGAGGCACUCAGGUGUUGCUCAGCUUUGUGGAUUAUUUCUCAAAUGGGAAUGGCUUUCAUGUGUGGAUCACACCUCUUUCCUUCAGCAUCCUCCUCCUCCUCAGUGACACAAAGGGGGGACACCACUGGUAUAAAAGAAGUGUACGUUCCCUCAUCUUUACCUGUGCCUGUCCUGCAAAUCUCAGCUGUGUCCUUAGAUCAGGUGCUAAGAUGACUUUCUACGACGACAUUUACCCAUUCUACCCUUCACAAAGGACUUCCUUCAUCUUCAGCGGGCGGUUGCUCACCAUUAUUCUGGUCUUCCUUGUGCUCACGGUCAGUCUUCUUCUCAUUCUGCCGGGAAUACGAGGCAGGACGAGGCUGUUUUGGAUGUUCAGGAUAAUUACCAGCUUGUUCAUUGGUGUGGUUUUAGUGGUGCUCAAUUACACCAACAGCUGGGCUGAGGCAAGGAUGACCACAAACGCUACCUACAAGUCUUUCAGCAACGCGGUGAUUAACGCUGAGGUCGGCCUGCACGUCGGGCUGUACGGCAUUAACGUGACGCUGAGAGGGACACCCAUGGUACAGUUCAACGAGACCAUCAACUACAACGAGAUGUUCAGCUGGCAUGACACAAUCGAAGAAGAGUACAAGGAAGCUCUGGAGAGAGGCUUACCCAACCCCAUCCUCUACAUUGCUGAAAAAUUCACUCUGAGCAGCCCGUGUGGCCUGAUCUUUCAGUACAGAUACUCGGGACGAUUCGCCUCCGCAACCCUCUGGACAGCGUUUUGCUGCUGGGUGCUCGCCAACAUCCUCUUCUCCAUGCCCGUCAUCCUGUACGCCGGGUACAUGAUGAUGGCCACGGCCGCCUUCAUCUUCUUCUCCAUGGUGUCCUUCUCCACCAUCAUGAACGUGCCUCGGUGUGUUUUCUCCAUUGGGACGGACUCCUUCGUCACAGAAUUCAGCCAUUCGUUUUGGUUGGCUCUGGCUACAGGUGUGCUGUGCGCCAUCAUUGGGAUUCUCGUGGUGGCGUUUAACUUCCUGAUGCCAGAGAAGAUAAAAGCAGCCUUUAGCAUUGGUGUCGAUGGCUGUGAGGACGAGGAUGACUUUUAUGGGGAAGGUUUCCUAAAUUCAGUUUUCCUUGACGGGGCAAUGAUUUCCUCUCCGACAUCGAAAAUUCCAACAGAGCUUUUCUGACAUGGUCCAAAGCUCUCAGGGAGCCUUCACAGUUCAUACUUGAAAAACAAUUUAAUUGAAUGUGUUUUAAUUGGACCGUUGGAUUUCAAACUGUUUGAAUUUGCUGUGUGAGCCUGUAAGUGUUAACUGUAAAUAUACAUUUGAACUUGUUAUGUCAGUAUAUCCAGGGUCAGUAUAAAGGUUAUUUUAAUUUGUAUGUGAUCUGUAUAAUGUCAUGUGUGUGCACACUGAUCAACAUAAAUAAUACAUGUGUAUCUGUCUUUAUUCAACUUGAUUAAAUAAUCUGAAGCAGAAAUAUAAAAUUGAUUGAUCACUUUUCUGGUCAUUUUUAGAAACAUCUUGUGAUUAUAAAGAUUUUCUGAACAGUUGGACUCCUUUCUAACAUUCAGAGUUUCAAGUAAUUAUAAAAAAAAUAGUUACAGGGGAGAGAUGAGUAAUGAAACAAUAAUUCAGAGCUUUUUCAAGUUCUAACUCAAAAUCAAAUACCUGUUGUUAGCUCUUUGAACAAUCUCACUUUGUAGAAAAGGUCUAAUUCUGACUACAGUGAUGAACGAGGCCAAGAUCAACAAAGAUCACAGCUCGCUGAAGACGGGUUCACACUGUGGUUUUCAUACAUCUUAGAAAAAAAACAAAGAAAUUUUUGGUUGUGAACUUGACUAUGUGGUUUGGGCACUUGCACAACCAUUAAACAACAAAAGAGAAAUACCAAGCAGGUUCAUAAUUUUCUGGAAAGGUACAUUGUGACAACUGCUGCGACCACCUCUUCCACAGCAACGAGUUGUUCACAGCUGUCAAUUCUUAUUCAUCCCCCUUUCUUCCAAGUGUCUGAGUAUAAUAAUUAGAGAGUUGCUUAACCUCUCUCUCAAACCAAAGUUCCUCUCUUUCACAGAAAACUGACCACUGCCCUGUAGAUGAGUGUAAACUUUAGAGUCCUGGCCUGAUGAUGUAGUUCUUCUGUGCUGGGCCAUACUUUUGCCCAGUGGCUGCUCUGUCCCAGUCCUCCAGAUCCUGCUUCUGCAUGAGAACAACCAGUUUCGGUUAUCACUGAUAAACUGGUUGAUCCACUGUGAAGGUACUGCUAAUAAGGCUGAGUUUACCUGUAACUCAGACGGAAGAAGUCUUUGGAUAAAAGACUUGAUCUUGUAAAAACCUGUAAAUUAAGUCUACAUGGACACCCCAAAAACUGUUUUUGUUAAACCUCAACACUGGGAAACAUUUUAAAAUCUGUUUUUAAAAAUUCACAAAUUAGAAAACAAUUCAAGUCUAAAAGGUUUUAUAAGAAAUUCAUAAGAUUGCUUGAAUAAAGCUUAAUAUUGCCAUCAGUGUAACAUUACACAGUUAUUUACAGAAAAUACUGUACAAGUGUGAAUAGUGUAAGCAACCAGCAGUUACACUUCCUGUUUAGCCUAGAGAACAUAUUUUUGUUAAAAUAAUCACACAAUCGUAUAAAAGGUUAUAAAAUAGUACUUCCAUAAAACACAAUGAAUUUUUGUGAUUAGGAUUGCUUUAAGGCAGCAGACAUCCUUCUUUAACUUGACCUUGCUUGUUUGUUUGGACAGAAGUAAGCUAUUUCUCCAAACUGAGGCCAUUCAAAGAGCUACUUACAACAGGUAAGAUAAUGACGAUUCAUAAUAUUUUCAAAGAACCCACUUUGAAAAGCUCUGAAGUGUCCUGAACAAGUGAAUUUCCUCAAAUCUGACCAUUAUGUUGUGUUUCAGCAUGUUUUUGCAGCAACAAAAAAUAAAGAGAAAACCAACAUGAGUUUAACAAACUGUAUUUUCAGAUUUUCUUACCAUUACAUUCAUUCAGUAAUGUGUAUUGAUACAUUCUUGAACGCUCUGGUAAAAGUAAUGAUCGUGUCUCCGAACAGGAAGUGUGUCUUUGGCCUUCAUUGGUGCCGUAACUCAGAGCUCAGUCCCAUCUUUGUUGGCUUUGAACACUUAGCUGUAGAUUAACACGUCAGAUUGAGAAUGAAUCCCUGGUCAGCUGUUUUUUUUUUUCCACUAUCACAUGCAUACUGUCAUUUUGCAGGAGUAAUAUGGCCUUUCCAAUCAGGUCCUUGAGUAAUUCAAAGUAUUUACAGUAUAACUACAGUUUUAAACCCCAUCUACGUUGUAAAAAAAUGACUAAAUCAAAAAUAAAUGUGCUAAUUUAUCUCUUCAUAAGAAAAUAAUCAUGACCAUAAAGCUACUUCUCUUCGGAAACACCAUUAACUUCACAAACAGCACUACAGACAGUUUUCACGUUGUAAUAAUAAGGCCAUUAUGAUGAUGCAAUUCAUGAGGAAAAACCUGAAAAUGAGAACCGGGUGUUCUUUUACAGCAUUGCAACCGGAGGCAAAAAAAA